GUGGGACCAUCCGUGAGAGUCACUCAUUGUCCUUCCUCGCCGGAGCAACCUCAUCGCUUUACCAUUUUCUCUUCGAUCCAUACCCCGACCGAGAUAUCGUUUCUACUGCAUACACAUGCCUGCUUAAAACAUCCCCGCAUACUUCGAUAACAUCCUAGGCUCUGCCGCCACGAAGGGCCUUCCUCGCCCCUUUUUCACACAAUCGUUCAACAUGGGCAAACCUGGCUUAGGAUUCCUUCAGCCGCGAAGGAGAUCCUCCGGCAAUGUCCUCGACGACGCGGAUCCCUCCACCCACCUCACCGCCCCCGCCUCUACGGAGCAGAGCAGCUUUCGCGUGCUCAGCCGCAGUGAUAUCGAGAAAGCAAAGCAGGAAAGGCAGGAGCAAGCGCUGAAGAAGGCGCACGAGAAGACUUCGAAGUUUGGACGCUUCAGCGCCUUUGGCAGCUCGGGCAAAGCGCGGACACGCUCCGUCGACGAGGACUCUCCUUCUUCCUCGAAUCGCGACAGCAAGUCCAGCAGCGGCGCACAAUCGUUUUCGUCCCGACCAUACCAUGGUGGCGGCUCCAGUUCUACGCUUCCGUCUUCCGCAGAGUCCGAUCCCAGUGAUAACAUGUUUGCGCUCCCCUCUCGCCCGCAUACCACCCAGCACAAUAGCUCUCCGGGCGCACUGUCGAUGGGCAACGUGAAAAAGCAGCUCCCACCACCGCCUGCCUCGAGGCCAAAUGAUACCUCUGGAAGGCCGUACGGAGAGCAUGACUCGUCUGCGUCAGGGGUCGGCGCCGCUCGCGCACGAGCAACGACGACCUCAAGUUACGCCAGUACAGCUGUUGCGCCGAAACUAGAGGCAGACUUGGAUUUUGGCGACUCUGGGUUCGAUGACUUGUUUAGUGGUUUGGACAGGAAAGAGUCCCCGGCGCCCACAAGUGAGUCUUUAGGGCAGCCGGGGCGAUCGUUACUGCAAGGGAGGCGUACGUUCCAGUCUGAACCUAUCAGGAUUGAUCGGAAAUUAGAUAUCGAACCGCCGCCCAAGUCUUGGGACAGUCGUGGUUCAGGAGACAAUCUCAUAACAUCACCGGUUGAGGACAGGUCCCCACCCCCCGUACCGCCCCACAAGUACCCAGAGUACGCACCCGUGGCGUCACACAGCCCGGAACUCAACGACGAAGGGUUCGAAGACGAGGACGCGAAGCUAGUGCGGCAGUCCAUUGAGUCGAGGAAAUCACUAAAUGCUCCUGAACCGAAUCCGUCUAGCACGUCGUUGUCUGCAGCCAUGUCGAACGAUGCCUCCUAUGCAUCAACGCCUUCGAACAGCGGUGCGGGUUCAGGCGCCUUACGUACGCCCGCAACACCAUCCCCUCGCCGUGAAAUGGAACAGGGGGAAAUGUUCGGCUCAGCAAAUACCGACCGGACGACCAUCCGGAGGCCGUUGUCUCCAUUGAGAGAAAAUGCGGCUUCCACAUCUGCGAAUCCGUCUCAACGCGGGCCAAUGCGAAGAGUGAUGACGGCAGCCGAGUUCCAAUUGCACCAGAAGACGCAGAUCAUGCAAUCGAACGACGAUAGCUCAGAGGAUGAUUAUGAGGACGAUGAAGAGGAUGCCAUUCGGAAGCAGGAAGAGCAACAGCGUCUGAUAAGAAAGCAGCAACAGAUGCGGAUUGCGCGGGAACAUAUGAGACGCUCCACAGCGCCCACUGAGGCGAGAGCCCCCGAAGGGUCCAUGUCAGCCGGUUUCCCUUCGGAGGUGUCGUUGCAAGCAGACGAAUGGAGUGAUGAGGACAUUCCUCUCGGCGUUCUCGCACAGCACGGAUUUCCUAGUCGUAACAAGCCACCGAGUCAACCCCCAAACCCGAUGCCGUCCUACUUCAGAUCCUCUACGCCAUCUCUCCCGGACCGUCCGUCCUCUACAGGCGCUUUAGGCAAUCGAGCUUCGACGUACCGACCGCCCUUUGCGCGGAAUCUGCCCGAUGACCCAUUUCCACCUGUCAUGGGCAACGGCCUAGUCCGGCCAUCGAUACGGGAGUCAAUGGGCUUCAAUAAUCGUGCUAUGUCGGUGUAUAAUGAGCCUAUGGGAGGAAUACCCCUCGAGGCCCAACCGCAAUACACAUCUUUGAUCGAUCAAAUACAAAUGAGAGAUCUGGCGAAGCAGAAGUAUAUGGGCGGCGCAUCCAGCAAGAUGCCCGCAGCAGGCCCCUUUACCGGCGCCCUCAGCAGCCAAAUGAACGCAAUGGGCAACCCGAACCGCUCGACCCGCAUGUCCGUUGUGUCCCCGAUGCCGAUGAACGGAAUGCCGGGAAUGAACCCCAUGACGAUGAACAUGAACAUGAUGGGCGGCGGUUCAAUGCAAAUGCCCAUGAUGGGGUACCCCAUGUACCCGCAAAAUGACCUCAUGAUGCAGCAAAUGUAUCAACAGCAGCAGAUGCUCGCAUUCCAGGCCCAGAACGCAAUGUUCGCUCAGCAACAGAUGCCCCAAGAUCCGCGCAUGUCAAUGAUUUCCAAUGGCGGGGGCUUCCAGCACCCGCAGCAGCAGAACUUGCCUCAGAACCCGGCCUUCCUAGGCGUAGGCAACGCUCAACAACGUCCCAUGUCCAUCAUGUCCGUCGCUGGCCCACAGCCGAACGGGGCGAUGCAGAAUCGCCCGUACUCGACCAUCGGUGUUCCCAUGCCUGGAUUCCAGCAGUCAUCUGGGCUACCAAAUGGCUACACGCCCUCGAUUGCACCGAGCGAGCGUUCGAAUAUCGGGCUCUCGGCGCGCUAUAGACCGGUCGUUACGGGCAAUGGGAUGGGUGCGGAUUCGAAGUCCACGGUGGGAAGCUCGAUGACGUUGCAAGCGUCCGGAGGUGCGGCAGCGGAAAAGAAGGUCAAGGGGAUAUUGAAGAAUAAGUCUCAGGGGCAGAAGGAGGAUGAUAAUGAGGAAGAGGAUUGGGGCAAGAUUGCUCAGGCGAGGAAGAGUAAGUUUUUGGGUGGGAAGGUGACGGAGAAGAAGGACGAUGGUGGGCUGGGAGAUUUGGGAGACUUGGUUAGGGGGCUUGAGGGGUUGUGAGGGUGACGAGGGUGGUUGAUGGGGUUUAUUGUUAGCGGUGGAUACCUGUUGGACGGGUCGAGGUCUUUCUUCGGUUCUCAGAUGAUGGAGUGCUGAUGGACCGUUGGUUUAUUUGGUGUUUUAUUGUUGGAGAGGAGUUUGCAUUUGCUGGCGUUCUUCCUUUCCUCAUUUCUCUCCUUCAUUUUCUCUCUCCAUCCAGCGGUAUUUGUUGUGGUAAAAGCAGAUUUAUUCUUCUUCGUUUCUCUUUUCCUUCGUUCUCUGUAUACGCAGGGUUUGCAUUAGAGCGAGCGGUUGAGGUACACGAGUAAUACAUUAGUGGCAUGAAUGUGGAGGAGAGCUGGGAAAGGGGAAGAGCAUGGAAGGGGAGGCAAGAUACUUGUAAUAUAAUCGCAUAUUGAGUCACAUGCAAGAUAUUAGAGGAGUGAG